UCCUGCCACGACGUCCCAAGUUUUCCAACUUCCAUACCCAGCAUUCCCGUCGCGUCGGCACAUCAUGGCGUAGCGAUGUGGAUGGACGCGCGUAGUUCUGGUCGCCACCGCGAAGUUCGGACACCGAGUAACGUCAUCGUGGAAUUAUUGGAAACUAUCGAGGAGCUAACGGACAUCGCUUGGAGCGGACUUCAGACGUUCCUCGGUGAGUAAAGAUGAUGGCUGAUGCCAGCGACAUGUUGGCAGCCGCCUUGGAGCAGAUGGAUGGCAUUAUAGCAGGCUCCAAGGCUCUGGACUAUUCCAAUGGGAUGUACGACUGUCAGUCCCCCACCUCUCCUUUCAUGGGCAGCCUGCGGGCGCUGCACCUUCUGGAAGACCUUCGGAGCGUCCUGGAGUUGAUGGACACGGAGGAACGGGAGAGUCUGCGCUGCCAGAUCCCUGACUCAACAGCUGACAGUCUGGUCGAGUGGCUCCAUGGUCACUUGUCCAACGGGCACAUGUCUCUGAGCGGCUCUGACCACUACCAGGAGAGGCUUUCCCGAAUAGAGUGUGAUAAGGAGUCACUGGUUCUGCAGGUGAGCGUGCUGACGGACCAGGUGGAGGCUCAGGGAGAAAAGAUUCGAGACCUGGACUCGUGCUUGGAUGAGCACAGGGACAAACUUAACGCCACUGAGGAGAUGCUACAACAGGAGAUUCUGUGCAGAACUACACUGGAGACCCAGAAGCUAGAACUGAUCUCCGAAGUGUCCAACCUGAGGCUGAAGCAGAAUACCAUGGAGAAGGACACACUUGAUUUCGAUGAUAGAUUUAGAGAUAGUGAGGAUUUGAUUCUUGAAAUCAAUGAACUGCGGUACAGAUUGAGCGAGCUGGAGAGUGAAAAACUACAGUAUGAAAAGAAACUUAAAUCCACAAAGUCGCUAAUGGCCAAGCUUUCUAGCCUGAAAAUCAAAAUGGGCCAGAUGCAGUAUGAGAAACAGAGGAAGGAGCACAAACUCCAGGCUAUGAAGGAGGAGCUGGCCACGAUGAGGUGGCAGCUGGAGGGCAAAGACGGAGAGAUGAGGAGACUACAGGAAGAGACGGGCUUCAAAGCCAUGGCCUCGAGCAGUUCAGAUCCCACGGAGAGAGAUGUGGAAGUGCAGAGAAUGAAAAAGGCCGUUGAGUCGUUGAUGGCAGCCAAUGAAGAAAAGGAUCGUAAGAUUGAUGAACUUAAGCAGUCGCUGCUGCGUUAUAAGAAAGUUCAAGAGAUGGUGAUGUCAGUGCAAGGGAAGAAAGAGAAAAACAAAGAUACUGAACACAUGGGCAGUAAUGGUGAUGAGUCCAUUGCAUUCUUCUCAAACAUGCCUGUGUUCACGGAGUCAGAAAAGUAUGACGUUACAGAUGUGGAUCAACUGAAGAGUAGGAGCCCAGAUGAGUUGGAGAUCCUCAAUGGACUGAAUGACGAGCCUUCCCCCACACCGAGCCCUUCAGACCCAGAAGGAGUAUCGGAGGCAGCGCCAGAUGUAGAAAGCUGCCAGGAAGCUGCACAGACUGGCAGCCACGAGCAUCUGGAGAGGAGCAACAAUAAGAAUGCCAGUGCAGAGACUGGUGCAAAGCCGCCCACGGGUCCCUCCGCCAGCACAGAGGAUGAAAGCUUUGGUUCGAGAAAGGCUCGUUCAUCCUUUGGAAAGGGCUUCUUCAAGCUCCGUGGGGGAAAGAAAACAACCAGUACCCCUAACCUCGCUGAAAUGGAGCGCCAGGGCACCGACCAUCUGGAUCUGGCCGGGCUGCCACAGAGGUCGGCUAACAGCGACAGCACCAACACACUGUCUACGACUCCAGAGAGCAGGAAGAAAUCAAAGGGGAUAAAGAAACUCUUUGGGAAGCUAAAAAGGAGUCAGUCUACCACAUUUAACCUGGAUGACAACCUACCAGAAGGUGACUUCAGGAGAGGCGGAGUUCGAGCCACAGCAGGACCCAGAUUGGGUUGGUCUCGUGACCUCAAAACAGCAAACAACGAUGUCGAUGCUCCCUUUGCACGCUGGUCCAAGGACCAGGUGUGUGACUGGCUGCAGGGGCAGGGCCUGGGCCUUCAUGUCAACAUGGCUCGGGGAUGGAUCUCCUCUGGGCAGACGCUGCUGCAGGCCUCACAGCAGGACCUGGAGAGGGAGCUGGGCAUCAAACACCCGUUGCACAGAAAGAAGCUGCAGCUGGCUCUGCAGGCCCUGGGCUCAGAGGAGGAGGACAAUAAGGGAAAGCUGGACUACCACUGGGUGACGAGAUGGCUGGAUGACAUUGGUUUGCCUCAGUACAAGACCCAAUUUGAUGAGGGGAGGGUGGAUGGUCGCAUGCUGCACUACAUGACAGUGGAUGACCUGCUCUCUCUGAAAGUGGGGAGCGUCCUGCAUCACCUCAGCAUCAAGAGAGCCAUCCAAGUGCUCCGACUCAACAACUAUGAGCCCAACUGCUUGCGUCGUAGGCCGUCUGACGAGAACAAUAUUUCUCCAGCGGAGAUUUCCCAGUGGACCAACCACAGGGUGAUGGAGUGGCUGCGGUCUGCAGACCUGGCCGAAUACGCUCCCAACCUGAGAGGCAGCGGCGUGCACGGCGGCCUGAUGGUUCUGGAGCCACGGUUCAACGUGGAGACCAUGGCUUUGCUGCUGAACAUCCCCCCCAACAAGACGUUGCUGCGCCGUCACCUGGGCACACAUUUCAACCUGCUCAUUGGCUUAGAGGCCCAGCAGCUCAAACAGGAGUGUCUAGAAAACCCGGACUACACUCUGCUGACGGCCACCACUAAGGUCAAGCCAAGAAAACUAUCAUUUGGUAACUUCGGCAGUCUGAGGAGAAAAAAGCAGGAUGAGACGGAGGAGUAUGUGUGUCCGAUGGAUGUGGAGAUGCCGAAGGGACGAAGCUUUCAGAAAGGCUUUGAACUCCAAAUCUACGAGGAUGACCUUGACAGACUAGAGCAGAUGGAGGACUCUGAAGGAACUGUGAGACAGAUCGGAGCGUUCUCUGAGGGCAUUCAAAACCUCACGAGCAUGCUGAAAGAUGAUGAAUUCUUCAAUGAGGCUUCAAAUUCACCAAACCCCAGUGUAACGGACGAGGACUCCAACGCAUGAGACCCGGAUCCCUUGUGACUGGGACGCUGUGCCAAUACUUCAUCACACACAGACCUCCCUCGACAAACCCCAACAACACUCAUUUCUUCUUAUUGUUAUGGUCAAAGAUGAGCCAGUAUUUAAAUGUUUUAUCAUUUUUCAUUCAUAAACAUUGGUGUCUUGACAGCCUACAGUCCGGUAGCCACUAUCCCUCCUGCACGUUGUCUCUGCUACUGCCGUGUGAUGAAAGCGGGGGAACCUUUGGGGCGACCCCACUGCUCGCCUACCAGCUGGUUUCUGGAGUUGUGUACCGCCACCUUUCUAUUUGUGAUGGAACUGUGUCAACCAGCAGAAGAAAAUAUGCCAAUGUAGAUUUUAAUAUAUGUCUUUUUAAAUGACUUUCUGACUUUAGAACGAUUGAAGAAAGAAGUGAUGUGCUGGGAAGAUUUGCCCAUCUUUAGAAGUUGGUGUAAAGUUAUAACUCCAGAUGGCUGCUAUGUUUUCUACAGAACUAAAUCCUGUCAUAUAUUUGAUCCUACACCACAUUUAACAGGCUAAAAGUAAUAUUCUACAUGUAUUUGCACCGAUACAUAUCAUACAGCAUAACGCCUAAUAUCAUUGCAUGGUAUUAAAAUUCAACACAUUUACAGUAUAUAACUUUUUGUUUAUUUUUGACUAUAAACUGAUUUUUAAUGGAAUCCAGGUUUUGGAAAGUGUUCAGAUUUGUGAUCUAACAUUAUGUCAGAUUUUUUCCAAAUACUAUUGUCAUAAUGCAACCCUUGACCUAAAUGU